UCACUUUUUUCUACCUACCUACCAACCACAUGGUUCUAUAUUACUUAUUGGGCACUGAUGGUAGCCUCCAGAAAGUGCAGCUUCAAAUGGUCAGCCUCAUCCUUUAGCAAGAAGAAAACCUGGAUACUGGAUAGCAACAACGUCUUCAGAGAAAAUGCUAUACGAAGGGAAACGAUUGGUUUCCUGCCAUUGUUUCUUCCUGUUAACAGCCAAAUUCUACUGGAUACUCACUCUGAUGCAAAGAACUCAUGGCCAGGAAUAUGCCCAUUCCAUUCGACUGGAUGGGGACAUCAUCUUGGGAGGACUGUUCCCUGUUCAUGCAAAAGGGGAUAGAGGGGUGCCUUGCGGGGAGCUCAAGAAGGAGAAGGGGAUCCACAGAUUGGAGGCGAUGCUGUAUGCAGUUGAUCAGAUUAAUAAAGACCCUGAUCUUCUUGCCAAUAUCACCUUAGGUGUCCGUAUCCUUGAUACGUGUUCCAGGGACACUUAUGCAUUGGAGCAGUCSUUAACAUUUGUGCAAGCAUUGAUAGAAAAAGAUGGUUCAGACGUGAAGUGUGCAAAUGGUGAUCCACCUAUUUUCACUAAGCCAGACAAGAUAUCGGGUGUGAUAGGUGCUGCAGCAAGUUCUGUGUCCAUUAUGGUUGCAAAUAUUUUAAGGCUCUUUAAGAUACCUCAAAUCAGCUAUGCAUCUACAGCUCCGGAACUGAGCGAUAACACCAGGUAUGAUUACUUCUCUCGAGUGGUGCCACCAGACUCCUACCAAGCACAGGCCAUGGUUGACAUCGUGACGGCCCUCGGCUGGAACUACGUCUCWACGCUGGCGUCCGAGGGCAACUACGGAGAGAGCGGCGUGGAGGCGUUCACCCAGAUCUCCAGAGAAAUCGGUGAGURGGUGUUUGUGGGCUUUGGUGUUUAUGGCUGCUGA